AUGCAGUCUCUAUCUACGGGCCAUACAAACCAGGAGUCGGAGCACCGUGCACUCUACCACGAAGUAUGGAACACGCCUUCGCCGACUCUGAAACUGACGCAGUCCGCUUUGAUGAGGCCUGCACCGCUUUCACUGACUCUCGAGGAGCGGACGCGGCUCACAUAUUUAAGAGCAAGGGCUCUGGCACAUGCAUACAAUUUGACCUUGGAGGAUGUACUCAACACCACACCGAAGUUCUGGAAACUUCACAUUGACAUGCUUACCGCUAUGGACGGUGGUGCAAUCAACUUGGUCAGCGUUGCAUAUAACCUGUUCGUCGGUACAGUUGCUCCAUACAUUGCCUCGCAGCCUGAAUUGGCGCCGAUUAUCGAGCAGGCGAUGAACUUUGAUAUCUCAGCACAGUUUAUGCUCACCGAGCUCGGGCAUGGCUUAGAUGCACGCAACCUAGAAACAACAGCUACUCUUAUGCCCGAUAAUAGCUUUAUUCUGAACACACCAUCACCGGCUGCUGCGAAGUGUAUGCCACCUAAUACUCCCCGCCAUGGCAUGCCCACUUUUGCGGUUGUAAUAGCCCGCCUUAUUGUCGAAGGUGAGGAUCGGGGCGUCCGACCAUUCCUUGUCCAAAUGUCAGAUGGCGUCAAAAUGUACCCGGGUAUCACCUCAAAGGUUUUCCCACCUCGUCCGGGUGCGAAUCCAAUUGAUCAUGCCUUGACCUACUUCAACCGCGUGCAGCUUCCGUUCUCCGCCCUGCUUGGUGGUCAGCAAGGGAGACUGCAGAAAUCAAAUAACGAACGUGACAACUUCUUGGCCACCAUACACCGCAUGCCUGCAGGAACACUCUUCCUGGCUGGAGGGUGUAUACCGUUGAUCAAGAUGGCUGUUUAUAACGCCAGCAAAUUCAGUUUCCGGCGACACAUUCUUGGCCACGAUGGACAACCAAUGCCUGUAAUCGACUUCCGUACCCAGCAUCUUCCUAUUCUUCACGCCAUUGCCAGAGCCCAUGUCCUCCAAGCGUUUCUGAUCCACGCCGGAAUAAGUUUCUGCGACCGAAACAUCACUGAUCCGCGGGUCCGUCAUGCCUUUGCCACGAUCUUCAAGGCAGUCACAAUCCACCACUUCAAGACGAGCCUCAGAUCUGUGAACGAAGGCUGCGGCUGGCACGGUUACUACGACCGCAAUCAGAUUCUCCAAGCCGAUUUGGAAUUUAGCGCGGUGGGCACCGCUGAAGGCGACGUCAGAGUCCUGGCUAUUCGCCUUGCAAGCGAGCUUUUGAUCGGCCGCUAUCAAGUUCCACCACCCAAGAACCCCAACGGUGCCCUCGCACAGCAUGAAGCCGGUUUAUUUGCAGAAGCGAGGGUAGCAAUGAAGCUCUUCGGCAAUAAGCAUCGGAGUGAGGCUUUCAACAGGACGAUUCUCCCUCUUGCUCUUCCGUUGGUUCAGGCCAUUGGGUACCGGAUGGCAAUCGAAGCUGCUAUCGAGGUGGGCAUUGACCCUAAGUUACAGGCUCUAUACCAAGCUGGAAUCAUCAAGGAAGCUUCGGCCUGGUUUGCUGAGUAUGGUCUCAGCCGUCAAAAGCAGCGCGAGAUGGAGGCCGCAGCGGUCGAUGCAGUGCUUCCUGACUUGGAAAGAUUGGUGGAGGAAACAGGGGUCGAGCCGUAUUGCACCGCACCUAUGACGUCUGACCGUUUGUGGAACGAUUAUGUUGAAGAAUUCGAGACUUUCUCAGGCGGCCCGGCAGAAGCUCCUCAGGACCUCAAAGCACGUUUAUAG